AUGGAGGCAGCACAGAACAUGUUCCUCAUGGCGAAGCUUCUUCUGGACUCUCUUGUUACCAAGAUGACGCGAAAGGCUCUGCAGGAAGCUGUCGGAGAGCUACCAAAGACCCUCCUCGACACCUACGAUGACGCAUUGAGCCGGAUUUAUAAGCAGAACGAGGAUGAGAAAGAGCUCGCUGAGCGUAUAUUAUCUUGGGUAUCGUACGCUUUCCGGCCUCUGAACAUCAUGGAGCUUCGACAUGCACUUGCCGUAACAACAGGUGAAGACCACUUUGAUGAAGCCAACAUGCCAGACGAGGAAGAUCUCCCAUCUGUUUGUGCGGGGCUCAUCUACAUUGAAGAAGGUAGCAAGAUCGUGCGUUUGGCUCAUUAUACCGCGCAGGACUAUCUUGAGAGUAUCCGCGACCAGAAUUUCGUUGAUGCGCGUCGCUUACUAGCAGCGACCUGUCUCACUUAUUUGACUUACGAUGGCAACCGACUUUGCUGCAAUGGCCGGCAUUACGUCUACCGUUUUGGCCGAGAUGGAUAUUACAGCGACAACGUCGAUGGGCUCUUGGGUUGUCCUUAUGCCAUGCAAAUAUCCAAUGCAAGUGAGACAGCAAAGGAUGUAGUAGACGGCGACAAGACUUCCUUCUACCAUGCUCAGAGUGGAACACCGCUAGCACUCUAUCAAUACGCAGCGCACUACUGGGCACGUCACUUAAAAGACCGUCUUGAGAAAGACUUGCAAUCGUUGGCCGUGAAGUUCAUCCUCGAUGACAUGAACCGUCAAAUGGCCCUCGGAGUUCUCCGACAGCUCUGGUGGACCUCACGUAUCAAGGGACCGUUGACAGUCGCUGUGCACUAUGAUCUCCGUCAUAUAUGCCACACCCUUCUAGAAGAGCAAGUUUAUGAUUUAAAUAACGAAGAAGGGGAAGGCUACAAUUCUCUACUCUCAGCCGCCGAGCUCGGACGCGAUCAAGUCAUCAAGCUACUCCUGCAGCAAACAGAUCUCCAAAGCCUCAUAGAUGCCGACCGAGAUUUCGUCCUCACGCCCCUCGAUUGGGUCGCAUGGACCGGUAAUCGUGCUGCCGUUCGGUUUCUCCUACAAAGCGCCGGCCUCGUAAGUGCAGACGAUAUGACACCAGAGUCGGGCAGAUACUCAGUCUACAAAUCGCAGAAGCUGCCAGAGAAUGAUGAUCCACUAAUUGAAGGCCUCGAAUCCAUGAACAUAUUCGCUACGAUACCACUCAUUGCAGUCCUCAGCAACGUCUCGACCCUCCAGACAGCACUUUCCCAACCGGGCGCCGACAUCGAAGACCGCGACCCCACGCACGAAAAGACCGCUUUACACCACGCCUCACAAUCCGGUCGCACCGGCAUUGUCGAGCUACUCCUCUCCAAAGGUGCUGAUGUGCGAGCCAGGGACUUCUACGGCGAGACUGCCCUGCACUACGCCGUCGACAGCGGUAAUCUAGAGGUAGUCAAGCUUCUUGUAGAGGCGGGCAGCGAUCUAGACGCGCGCAAUGAGCUUGGGAAACUGCCGACUGAGAUGCUACGCAUCAGGGUGGGAGACAUACCGUGUCCGAUCCAUCAGGAUGAGCUAUGGGAGGAGACACAUGAGUUUUUGUUUGGGGAAGUGGUGAGGAAGGAGGGGAAGGAAAUGCAGUUGAGGCAGACGGAGAGGAGGGAGGUGCGCAAGAAGUAUGGGGCCAGCUGGAGGGAAUUCCAUAAAGAGGCUGAGUAA